AUGGUGGCAUCGGAUUUCCAGAUUUUAUUGGAGGCUGCUGCUAAUAAACUAAAUACUUGGGAAAAGAAGUGUAUUUCUUUGGAAGGUAAAUUGGUUUUAGUCAAAUCAGCAUUCAUGUCUUUACCUCUAUUUUUAUCUACUCUUUCGUUGGUUCCUUUGAGCAUUCUUAAGGAGUUUGAUAAGAUGUGUAGAGGGUUCACUUGGAGUAAAAACAAUGGUAAUGCUAGGCUCUAUUAUGCAUCUUGGGAUUUACUUUGUAAGUCGAAAAGUGAAGGUGGUAGAGGAUUGUUUUCAGCAGUGUCAAAGAUUGGUCCUCUUCGGGCAAAAUUUGCUUGGAAUUUUUUCAUGAAGCCCCAUUCUUUAUUGAAUCAAAUACUAAGAGUUAAGUAUGGAGAAGAUGUGUGGUCGGGCUUUGUAAAGGGAGGAACUUUACCCACUUGGAAGAUUAUUACUAUGGGAGCCAAAUUUCUCAAAAAUAUUGUUAGAUGGAAUAUUUCCAAUGGGAAGUCUAUUAAUUGGCUUCAUGAUUCUUGGAUAUUAGACAAGUGUAUUUCUAAUUGGCCUACAUUUGUUAAUGUUCAGGACAUUUCAGACAUAAAUCUUACCUCUUUCAUUUUAAACGGCCAGUGGAAUUGGGAGAAACUUGAAGUUAUUUUCGGGAAGCAGCUUCUGAAGACAAUUUCUACUAUUCCUAUUAAUUACAACAGAAUUUCAGAUAUGUUAGAAUUGAACUAUAAAUUUACUCGUAAAUCCAUUACAGCCUUGUCAUUCAAAGCAGCUAUGGUUUAUGAGGAGGAAAUUGUUCAUUGGAAUUGGAUGAAGAGAUUGAAGAAACUUAGUAAUUUUCCUGGUUACCCGAGAGGUUGUGGGGAAGAUGAAGAUAACAACCAUUUGGUGGGAGGUUGCUGCAAGAUCAGGAAGGUGGUAUCUUUACUGAAUAACUGGGGGAUUAUAGUUCCAGUUUUUGACAGUUUUCGGGAUUGCCUGGUUAGUCUUCAAAGGUUUGUGGGAAAGAAUUCUCUUAUUGCAAACAUCUUUUGUACAGCUGCUUAUCUUGUAUGGAAAAGUAGAUGCAAGGUGGUUCAUGGUGAAAAGGAUGAUUCAGAUAAUUCUAUUGCUGCUAACACUAUAUCCUUUGCUUUAAGAAGUAAUUUUUUGAACAUUCAACCGGAUAACUGGGAUGCUAAUCAGCAAUUGCUAUUUUCUCCUUGGCAUCCUCCUCCUCCCAGGUGGAUUAAAAUAAAUGUGGAUGCAGCUCUUAAAAGGAAUAAUUUGGCUGUAAUUGGUGGCGUUGCUAGAGACGAGAAAGGUAGAUUCUUGUUUGCUUUUGGAGCUCAUUGCUUGCAUUGGGACUUUUCACAAGUGGAGCUAUUAGCAGUUUUAUAUCUGAAGAACGUGGCUAAGGAUUGGAUGCUCGAAGCACAAGGUGUUAUCAUCGAAGGGGAUAACUUUAAUAUCAUAAAACUGCUUCAAAAGUCAGUCAAAUCCUGGAAGGUUAGUAAAGUGAUUGAUGAUAAUUUGGCUUUCUUGCUAGAGUUUAAUCAAAUUGUAUUUUCCUUUUCAAAUAGAUGUGGUAACAAAUUAGAAGAUAUUUGUGCUAAUUUGGGUUUAGUUAGAUCUUUUUCGUGGGAAGAUCUUCAUGAUGAUUUUAUUCCCCCUUCUUUCUUGUAUUGCUUGAAGGAGGAAUGUGAUGCUUUAGGUGUAUCUUGA